AUGCUUUUCAUAGAGCAUGACCAAUUAAAGGAAGUGAAGAAUGCCAAUGAGGACUCUUUAAUAACCAAAGAUAUUGCGGAUAUUUACAAUUCAAUCAAGAAGCUUUAUAAGGAAUACAAAUCAGAUUUGAAGAAUCUAACCUCAAUGUACUAUGUUACUGAGCCCGAACUGGUGGUUGGAUCUAUAGAUUUUAAGAAAUUGGAGCAUAAAUGUGGAAGCAGUUCUUUCAAGUUAAGAGAAGAGAUUCAGUCUAAUGUGGAUAAAUUCAUCAAGUACUAUGCCAAGACAAGUAAACAAAUUAUCAAACCAAGUACUCUCUCAAAACAAGAGAUUGCCUCCAUAUUUUAUAUUGUCGUACGUAAUGACAAUAUAACAAAGAGAAAGUUUAAGGAAAUGUUUGGGUUGACCUUUUAUUGGCUCGUUAUUGACAAGAUAUUAAAGUGA